UCCUGGGGAGCUGGCGGGGUGCUUUGGCCGAGGCCCGGAAGUGGACGGGGGCGGCUCGGGUUCCCACUAUCUACCGGACAUGGACGAGGCUGACCGACAGCUCCUUCGGCGAUGCCGGGUGCAGCUCGUUGGCAAGCUGCAGGUGGCCGAUCUCUGGGACGCUCUGCUGAACCGCGAGCUCUUUACGCCAGACAUGAUCGAGGACAUCCAGAGGGCAGGCUCCGGGUCUCGGCGCGAUCAGGCCAGGCAGCUGAUCACAGAUCUGGAGACUCGAGGGAGUCAGGCCCUUCCUUUGUUCAUCUCCUGCUUAGAGGACACAGGCCAGCACGGCCUGGCUUCCUUGCUGCAAACAAGUAGCCAAGCAGCAGAGCGGGAUCCCGAGGCUGUCAGACCCCGGGACCUCUUGCCUGCGGUGGUCGGACCGGUGGGCCUCAGACCAGAGGAGCUGAGAGUGGUGAAGCAGGACCCCCUGAAGCCGACCCCAGGCAAACUCACUCCGGUAGUGCUGGGGCCGGGAGAGCUCUGUCCCACCAAGCUCAGACCAGAGGUGCUCAGACCAGACGUGCCCAGGCCAGUGGAUGUUCCUUCUGGAGGGUUCGGUGACGGCCGUGCCCAGGAGAGAUCAAGGGGAAACGCUGAUUUGGCCUACGUCCUGGAUGCAGACCCCUGUGGCCACUGCCUCAUCCUCAACAACGUGAACUUCUCCCUGAAGUCGGGGCUCAGCACCCGCUCCGGCUCCAAUGUUGACUGCAAGAAGUUGCGGAGACGCUUCCACUUGCUGCACUUCGAGGUGGAGGUGAAGUGUGACCUGACUGCCAAGCAAAUGGUCCAGGCUUUGGUGGCGCUGUCACGGCGGGACCACGGUGCCCUGGACUGCUGCGUGGUGGUCAUCCUCUCUCAUGGCUGUCAGGCCAGCCACCUCCAGUUCCCUGGGGCCGUUUAUGGUGUAGAUGGCAGUCCUGUGUCCAUCGAGAAAAUCGUGAACAUCUUCAAUGGAGCCGGCUGCCCCAGCUUGAGAGGGAAGCCCAAGCUCUUUUUCAUCCAGGCCUGUGGUGGAGAUCAGAGAGACCGGGGGUUUGAGGUGGUCUCCGCUGCCCCUGAGGACAGGGCCCUUGGCGGUAACGCGGAGCCAGACGCUGCCCCGUUCCUGGACAAGCCAGGCACCUGUGACCAGCCAGAUGCUGUGUCUAGUUUGCCCACGCCGAGUGACAUCUUUGUGUCUUACUCUACCUUCCCAGGGUUUGUCUCCUGGAGGGACCGCGACAGUGGCUCUUGGUACGUGGAGACCCUGGAUGGCGUUUUUGAGCAGUGGGCUCACUCUGAAGACCUGCAGAGCCUCCUGCUCAGGGUCGCUCAUGCCGUGUCGGAGAAAGGGGUCUACAAACAGAUCCCUGGUUGCAUUAAUUUCCUCCGGAAAAAACUCUUCUUUCGAACUUAAGGAAGCCAUGGCCCCGACCCUGCCUUGCCCUUUACCCCCAGGCCUCCCUUCCCCCUCUCCCGGUGUCGGCUGAGACCUGCGCUCUCUUCACCCACGGCUGUCACGGGUGGAAGGACUUUGUAGCCCGUGGAGGGUCUGCUCCUCCCCACUGGCGGCAGACACUCUCAGCAGCGUCCAAACUGGGGACAAAUGACUGACGACGGAGGAAGAGCAGAGAAGAAUGCCAUGGACAGUGUGGCUUUCCACCAGUGGCUGGUUGCCUGGCCAGGGACCGUGUCUGUGGUCCUGGUAUUUGCUCCAGAGCAGGGCUUCUCCACCUCAGCACUGUUGACAUUUGAGGCCCCAUAAUCCUUUGCUGGGGGUAGGGGUGUGUCCUGUGCAUGUGGGAUGUCCAGCAGCAUCCUGGCCUCUACCCACGGGAUGCCAUUAGCAUCUCCCUGAGUGGUGACAACCAAAAAUGUCUUCAGACAUUGCCAAGUGUCCCCCGGGGGCCCCCCAUCUGAGAACCACUGAACUGGGGGAAGUUUUUACCUACAAACCAACCAGUAUCUCUCUCAGAUCAGCAAGUUUAGGACUUCUGGGGCCUGAACAGCUUUAAUCUGUGAAUCUUAAAUAACAUCUUAAAAAUUACUCAUUUUUCCUGUAUACAGGAUUUUUAAAAAAUAAAUCUUAGGUGAAAUGGACUCUCUCUUA